AUGUCUGUUCCCGCGACCUCCAGGGCUUUCGAGCACACGCCGCAUGCGUCCACCUCCGCCCGCCGCUCCUUCACACUGCCCACGCGCCCAUCAAUCCGGUCGACUUCUACGCCUGCGUCGAGGAACACUUCUUCGGACGGGAUCGAGACACUCUUCACCUGCCCUGCUUCCAAGAUUGUGUCCUUCGCUGCAUCGGACCCUGCAAGGCGGCACUCCCCGUCACGGACUCCGAAAGGCAAGGGUAGCCCAGUGCGCUCGAUUCCCUGGUCGUCGCUCACCGAGCGCACUCUAGCAGUCGGCGCCCUGCGCAUCUAUCGCGUGACAGCAUCCAACGUAUCGUUCCUCAACUCCGGCACGCUCCUCCACACCAUCUUCCCGCGAUCGCAAUGUUGGUGCGUUGACGGCCAGUCCAUCUUCGUCCUGCGAGUGCGCCAGGACUCCUACUACCGCAUCGAACUGCCAUAUGAUCGAGUGAUGACCGAUGAAGACAAGGCGCAGAUAAGCGAAUUCAAGCGUGUACUGAGCCAGGUGCUCCAGUAUGAGAAGACGCAGUGUCCCUUCAGACGUGGGUCCAAUGUCGAGGAGAUUGAGCGUCCAAAGUCGCCGCCGCGGAAACAGCUGAAGAAGCAGCAGCCGACACAGAAGGCGAAGAAUGUGGACCUUCGACAAGACGUGGGUGCCCCAGAACGGAUGACAGGCCAUCUAGUUCUGGCUUUGAUGGGUCCGACUCUGGAACCCUAUCUUCUUGUGCCUAUGUCGGCUUCUGGCUCAUCUCUCAUGCCUCCACCGGAACUUCCUCGCGUGCCCAAGUCUAACCCCGCUCGCAGACUGUCCAUCUCGGAGCGUGUGAGCAUGUUCCAGGGAAUGCGUUCGGCCACAGCACCAAUUGUGACGAAUCGAAAUGUCUCGGCCAUGUCUAUGGAGCGCAUCCCCGAAUCGCCGCGAAAGGAUGAGCAACACGGCGACGUCCAGAAGCCCAUCCUGGAACGGAAUGUAUCGGAAGCUGCGAGUUUAGCAUCGAGUGCAGACUCGUUCUACUCUGUCCAGACGACUCCAUAUGCGACACCAUCACCACAGUACUUAGAUGCAGAACCUGACUUUCUGAAUCCAUGGGAAGGCAGUGCGACGAAGCAGGAGGAAACAAGAGGUCGAUCUAUGCAUCGCCGACAAGUGUCUGAAAUUACUGUGCGGGCUGCCUCUUCUGAGGUGGUGAACAAGUCUGCUCCAGUGACACCUACGGGUCCAUUUCACCAAGGUGCCAGCUCAAUAGAUGAGAUGCUUCCCUCGUCAGCACCAUCAACUCCGCCUCUCGUCAGCGACUCGGAUGAUGACAGUGUUGACUCGCCGGGAAUGACUGUCGCGACUCCUCCAGAUGCAAUUCGUAUGAAAAGACUUACUGGGGCCUCUCAAAGGCGUGCAUUCUCACCAAUGCCACAGCCCAAGAACCUCUUCAUUCCAAGCAAACCCGCUACUGUUGGCAGUCAGUUUACGAGUGCGUUGGUCCGCAAGACGUGCGAAUUAGUUCUUGGCCCACCAUCACACCUCGUCUCGUUAAUGCUCCGCAUUGCGGCAAGCAUCUCCAAUAUCGGUUUCGGCUCGUAUCGCGUCCGGCGACAAGAGAAGAUUCCGUGCUCUUGGGAGUCCGAUGAUGAGCCUGAGUGGCCGGAAGAGGACGACUUCGGCAUUCCUCUCAACAACAUUGGGGAUCCUACGCAACGUCGACGGACAUAUCUCGGAGACCUGGAUUAA